GUCACACUGCUGGCCUCCCCCACUUCCUUCCUUGCAAGGACAACACAAUUAGGCGGCGGACACAUACACUUUUUUCCCCCGAUCCGUGGCCGCCAGUUAGCCCAGUCUCGUCCCCCAACCGACGGGUGAUUCCCCCAGAGCAACCAUUGGUUAUUCGAAUCCAGGAUGCUGCGCUGGCGUCACUUAGGCUAGUAAUCCGUAGUCCCAGACGAAAAUGAACAAUUUGGACCACGCCAAGCACUUCUAUCCCGACAACUACAAAUUGGAUCUGUCCGAGACCAUGAAGGCGGCUCUCUCCAAAGGACCCGGAGGCGGUGGCGGCGGAGGGGGCGUGGCGGGCGGGGAUAUGCUGCCCCAGCCGAAUGCCGGAAUGCCAGGAGUGGGCUAUGUAACGGAGAAGCUCUACAUGCUACUGCAGCUGUAUCUGCAGAACAAGGGCUGGAAUCCGAGUGCCGAGCUGCUGCAGUGCUUCAGCGAUCUCAAGGACAACGCCAUGCUGCCCAGCGCAGCCUAUCUGCAGGUGCUGGCCAACCGGCUGACUCUGGACUCCCAGGGACGUCUUAUCCUGCGGGACAAUGGCAAGAUUGUGCUGCCAUUCGAGCACUUUGCCAAUGCAGUGAUGCUGAAGCACAUGUCCGGACCACAUGGCCUGCACCUCAGUGUGGAUGCCACGGUGCGGGCGGUCAUCGAGUCCUACACCAUCGGACGGGAUCAGUUUGGGAUGGAGAAGGAGUUCAUCAUCGAGGUGGUGCAGUCGUGCCCCAGUCCCGCUUGCCGUUACUACAAGAACCACAUGGGCAUCUCGCCCAUGCCGUUUAUGGAGCAGCAGUAUCCGGGCGUAAAUACGCCCGAGUUUCUGCAACGUCUUUCCCACUUGCCGCCUGGCGGAGCAGCUGGAUCUGGACCAGGAGGCUCGGCCGCCGGUUCGGCGUCCAGUGCGGCAAGCAGCUCGAGUUCGGCAAACGUGGAGAUUGAUCUGUCCAAGUCGACGGGGACCAAGGUGCCGCAGGUGCCGGUGCCGCCGCAGCUGCAGCACUUGACCAAGCAGCAGCAGAGCAGCAUUCAGACACAGCUCUCACAGAUCAGUGCGGCAGCAGCCCACCACCAACAGCAGCAACAGCAACAACAGCAGCAGCAGCAGCAACAGCAGCAGCAGCAACAACAGGCAGCAGCCAAGCACCAGCAGCAACUCACGGCGGCCCUUAUCCAACAGCAGAACCGCGUCCUUGCCCAGCAGAGUCUUGAGAAGCUUAGCAACCAUCUUAGUCCGCUGGAAAAGCAACGUGUUUUCGCCCAGCUCGAUCCUAAGCACUUUGAUCCCAUGGCCGUCGCGGCUGCAGCCGCCAAUCUUCAGAUCCAGGGACUGAUGCAGUCUCAGGCGGUGGCUGCCGCCGUGGCCGCCAAUCAGCCACCGACGGCCACAGCCACAUCCGCGGCAGGAGGAUCUGCAGCAGGUCCCCAGGCCCAUCACGGCCACCAUCCUUUGCCGCCGCCAUCGCAGUCGCCGCACUCGUCCUCUUCGUCUUCCUCUCACUCCUCGCUGGACCAGAUUACCCACAAGAACGUGGCCGACUCCUUGCGCUCCAAUCUGGAUUCGAUAGAGUCGAACAAGGAUUUGCUGGCGCUGCACAAUGGGGCCUGGGCCACCGGAGACGCUAACCGCAUGGAUCACCUGGCCGUGGGCCAGGACAAGAUAGUGCGGAUAUUUGCGGAGCUGAUGCGGAACAUGUCGCGGAUGAAGACCUACAUACGUCCCUCGAUGUGUAAGCCAUACGGCAAACAGAGCGAGAGUCUGCAGAAGACCCUCAUGGACACCAUUCAGAUCGUGCAGACGCUUCGCAACUGCCUCCCAGCUCCCCACAUACCGGUGUCCUCCUGGAAAAGCGAGAGCGAGGGCAACGUGGGAUCAGGAGUGGGUGUGAGCGUGGGCGUUGGAGUGGGGGUUCCCCCAGGACUCAACCUGAGCGCCGCCUUGGGCCUCCCUUCGGGCAGGGUGGAUAACAUGCACUAGGCGUAGGAUGGAGUUCAUCUGGUAGCAUACUCCCACAUUCUUCCAAGAUAUUGAGAACACUUAGUAUUUACACACAGAAAUACGCCUAGAUUAUACAUAUGCAUUGCAGUUUACCCUCGUAGGCUUGGCUCCGGUUUUCCUUUUAGCAAUUACGUGCCAUGUUCAACGCAAGACUUGAUUUAAUUUUCACAUUUGACUGACAUUUAGGUAUAUGUACAUCCUGCGGUUGGAUUCGUAUGAUUUCAUUCUCUCCACUCUGUCUUUCCCUAUUCGGCAUGCAAAAUUAACAAGCAAAACGGCAAAUUAGUUAAACAAUUGGCAAAACGUCUGUGAUAUUUAAAUUAUGUUGGCAAAACGGAAAACAAAACUAAAUUUAAUUUAUUAUGUUGUAUGCCCUCUGUUGUAACAUCUUACGAUUUACUUUGUGCAAUAUCUACUAAGCAUCUAUUCUUAGCCAUUCUCGUGCAAUCGACGACUUCUCGCCCAUAUCAAAAGCAACUCGAAUAUAGCCUAUACCUAAACUAACCUACUGAUAAUCGACAUGAUAGACGCGUAAGACUUACAUUAUAUUUUGC